AUGAAUAGCGAUAAUAAAUAUACUUAUGAUAAUACAUUUGCCAGAAGGAAAGCUACAAAAGAGCCUGCAGAUGAACCCGAAAAAAAUCUGAAUAAUGAUAUCCAGGUGAAAAAUACCAGUUGCACAUCGAUAAAAUGGUUAAAAAAAGUAACUUCACAUCACGCAUUCAAACAAGCAGAAUUAAUACGAAUCACGACUGAAUGGAUAGUUACUGAUUCUUUACCAUUCAGCGUUGUCCAUGGAAAAGGAUAUCGAAAAAUGAUGAAUCGAUUUGAUCCGGCAUUCAUACCUCUGAACUUAUGGACGGCGCGCAGUAAAGAUGGAUAUAUUGGGGUAAUACUUCAUUGGUUAACUUUAAACUUUGAGAUACGUGAUGUAAUACUAGCUGUUGAACACAUGGAAUAUCCUCAUACAGACAAUGGAGCAAAAAUGAAAAAAGCCAUCAGAAUUUGGGACAGUGUAGAAUGCCUUUCUUAUUCUGCACAUACACUUCAACUCACAAUAAUCCAAGCCUUAAAAGUCAUUAAACCGCACACUAAACGAAUUCGCAAACUUGUCAAAUUUUUUCAAUCUUUGAAACAAUGUCAACGUCUUGAUCAAGCACAAAUAGACUUAUCUCAACGUAGCAAGACUAAUACAAAUCCCAUUCAAUUAUAUGAUUCCAAAAAUUUACCUGAAAUUUAUCUGAGAAAUUUAUUUGAAGAAAUAGUAAGAGUGCUUAAACCGUUCAAUGAAUUAACAACUUACUUUAGUGUAAUCCAAUACACCACUCAUUUGGUCGUUAACCCAAGCAUCGAGACAUUAAAGCUUGAGUUCGCUAAUGGUGCUAUAUUGAAGUUAAAUGAAAUCGGAGAAAUCAUUAAUGAUGAUAGGCUUAAUGACAACGAAAUAUCAUCUGAUGACGAUUGUGAUAAAAUCUCUGAGGAUGAUACACCCCAAUAA